CAAAUAAAGAAGAUGGAAUGAUAAUUGAAGAAGAAAUACCUGUUAGUAAAAGUUAAAUAAAUAAACCUGUUACUAAAUAGAAUGAAACAUAAAAUGCAAGUAAAAUUAUUGAAGAUCCUUAAUUUCAACAAUAAUAUGAUUAAUUUAAAAACAUGGUAAUUAUUUAAUAAUAUAAUUAAAGUCUCCUGAAUAAUUAAAUUAUAUGACUAACACAUUAAAAACAAUGGAUAAAGGUUUUUUAAAAUAAAUGAUGAAAUAAUAAAGUGGUGUUGAGAUGUCUGAUUAAUAAAUAGAAAUGAUGUAAACAAUGAUGACACCAGAAAUGUUAUCAUAAAUGAAAAAUAUAGAUCCAGCAAUAUUAAAAUAAUAAAAAUAAUAGACAUAAUAGACAUAAUAGACAUAAUAAUUUUAAUCUAAUUAAACAGUCUAAUAAUAACAAAUUAAUCAGAAUACAUCAUAAAAUUCAACAGCUAGUUAAUAAAUGCCAUAAAAUUUAUAAGGAUUAGCUUAAAAUCCAUAGAUGCUUGAAAUGGUUAUAGAUUAAUUAAAGAGUAAUCCUUAAAUGUUAAAAAUGAUGGCUCCUGCAUUUGGUGGUAAUAAUGCAAUUACAUAAUACAUUAAUUCUGCAAGGUGAGUAUAUUAAUUAAAUAGUAUAAAGUCCUGAGUAAUUAUCGAAAGUAGUUGGGAGAUUGGCAAUAUUCUUAAAGUUUUUGUUAAUGUUGUAUAGAGCAUGGUUAAUGGUUAAAAAUCAAUGGAAAUUUAUUUUGGGAUUCUUGUUGGCGUAUUUAUAUUUUAAAUUAUUUUGAAUUUUAAAUAAUAAG